AUGGCUGCGCUGGGAUUUGUCAGCGCGGUAAGCCAGACGACGCCUUUGAAGGCGCAGCAUGCGCCCCGAUCUGCGUCGGCUGUGCCAGCGUCUGGUCUUGGAGGCGCACACGUCUUGGCUGUUUCUGCAACUGGUGGGAUCCUCCUCGCUGUUCGGCGAACGAGGCAGAGAAGAGCCAGUCGCGCUUCCGCGAGCCUUGUGAUGUGCAAGGGUCAGUUGCUGGACAAGGUUGAGAAAGACCAAGCUCCAAAGGAGCUCAAAGAGCAGCAGCCUAUGCCGUCCGUCGCAUCCUCCUCGUACACCAAGGUUGCUCCUGUGGUGGAGAAGAGGGAGGCUGAGAUUGAUGGUUGGACAUUCUUCGCUCGGUUCUCCGGCGCCUUGUGGGAAACAUUUGUUGAUGUCGCUACUUCGCGCGGUCCACGAGAGCAGAAAGGGUGGGAGUACCGCAAAGGAAUCGAAGGUAUGUCUAUGGGAAGCAUGGCCUACGAAAUGAUGACAACGUCUGAGGACACGGAAGAGUUCAAGGAGUUGUCCAAGGAGUACCAAUCUGGCUAUGGGGUGCCCUUCCUGAACCUUUCCUUCCGCAAGAUUACGGCCUCAACGAGAGAUUUCAGCAAAGACGUGGGGCUGGCCGGACCAUGGCUGACUCUGAUCAACGUUCUGCAGACCAUGGGCGUCAACGGCGACCUCAUCGACGGCAUUCCUGUCCAGAACAAGUGGAUCAACAUUGUUCGUGACAACCUGGAUGACUUUCAGAAGCAGGAUCCAGAGCUAGGGCAGCGCCAAGCCGGAGAUUUGAUGCAGAAUAUGAUCAUGGGCCGAAUGGAGAGGAUCACUGGAGCGCCUAUGCCAGUGUUCUUGGAAGGCUACGGGGAGAGUGAAGGCAUCUACAAAAUCGCGUCUCGCUUGCUUUGGAAGUGUCGAGCCCUGGGUGAAGUGAUUGGCCCGCGGUCGGUGGUUGUCGUCUCUGAUCCGGUGGUUGUGAAGCGCAUCCUGACAAGCAAGUUCGAGGUUGCACACCUAGUCAUGGCGAAUUUGCCAUGCGCAGAUGCGCCAGGUGGCGAUGCCGCGGCGGACACGCAGAUAACUAUUGAUGAUGAGGGUGCCAUGUGGGGCGAAGAUGAGUUCGGACGCUACAGGAUAGACAAUCGGGUCUGGACCAUGAACGAGAUUCGGGAUCAUCCGCUUUUCAUGACAGACGUUCCAUCUGAUCCACGUGAUAUUGAGAACUACCCGCUCCUCACAGCACUGCAGAGUGUCCUGUAUGACGACCAAACCCCGGAGGAAAUAGCGGAGCACUUCCGCAAGCAAGGAAACGAAGCCAUGAAGUUUCAAGCCUCUAGGAUUGCACUUCAGAACGCCUUAACCUUCUACACGAGAGGUCUGGAGAUGGAGUGCAAGGAUGACAAGCUGAAUUCCGUGCUGCACGCCAACAGGGCUGCAGUGGGCCUAAAGCUCGGCGAGCAUCUCAAGGUGGUGGAUGACUGCCGUGCAGCCGUGCGCCUGGACGCAAAGAAUCUGAAAGCCUGGAGCCGGGGUGCCAAGGCCUCCGAGGCGCUUGGACUGGCGGAGCAGGGCCUCGCCUUCUGCCGUGGGGCGCUCCGCAUUGAAGACGGCUCGGCGGAGGCAAAACCGCUGCUCUCGGAGGUGCAGCGCCUGCAGCGAAACCUGCAGGAGCUCCAUCGGAAGCAGCAGACGGCACAAAAGGAGAUGCGUAUGGAGGAUGCCCGGGUCAAGGACGAAAUGCAGGCCAGUGCGUCUGCUGUACGUAACGCGCUGGAGCUUCGCGGCUCUCGUUUGGGCCCAGCACUUUUUGACUUGGCGAUGUACCGCAUGGCGAACGGUGGAAUUACUCCUCAUCCAAAGCUGGUGGAUGCGGAAGGCAGCCCCGCAAUCGAAUGGCCUUUACUCCUACUGUAUGAUGAGGUCAAUCAGUCUGAUUUUGUGGCGUCUUUCGACGAGCGAUGUGCUUUAGAGGAUCAGCUGCAGCUCAUGUUUCCGGAGGAUCGAUGCGUGGAAUGGGACGCGCAGGGUAAAUACGUUUGGCACCGUCUUGCAGUUUACCUGGAGUAUUAUCCCGAAGGCAGCGAUGACACCUCGAUGUUCAAAGUGGACUGCAGCGUCGCAGUUCAGACGCUUUUGACGGAGCGCUGUCUGCCACCUUGCCUGGUACUUCAUGUCCUGGUCGAAGGCUCUCCGGCUCAAGCGGCAUUUGUCAAAGACAACCAGAUUGAGAGCUUUACACCAAAGGCAUCCUCACAGAAGUGCUGGAGCCUAUCAUGGGUCUUGGACUUAAACGUGACCGGUGCCCCACCUGUUGCUGCUGUGGGUACACGGCCUGUGGCUUGGGGUGCAGGCCGUGGGCUGAUUCCCGCAGAUCCCGAAACCUGGAGGAAGCGCCGCCGGGCCAUCGUGCCUGGCUUUCACAAGAAGUGGCUGACGGAUGCCACUGAGCAGAUGGUAGAGUGUGCUGUCAACCUUGCUGAUGACUUGGAGCGGUCGGUGUCCAUGUCCUCCACAAAGGUGGCCGAGGUCAACAUGGAGGAGAAAUUCACCUCUGCCUCGCUGGACAUCAUUGGCAAGGCCAUUUUCAACUACGACUUUGGCUCCACAACGCAUGAGUCGCCGCUCAUCCGUGCGGUGUACAAUCUUCUGCGAGAGGCAGAGCGGCGCGCUCAGUCGGUUGUCCCGUACUGGAAUCUGCCUGGUGCCUCUGCCAUGUUCCGAGAUCAGAAGGAUCACAGCGAGAAUCUGGCCUUGGUCAACGCAGUGCUGGAUGAGCUUAUCCGAAAUGCCUUGGAGGACCCUCCAAAGGAGGAUGACAAGCUGUCCUUCCUCCAGUUUCUUGUCGUCACCAAGGGCGAGGAUGUCACCACCAGGUACGCGUUCAACUGCGUCUUCGUCCUUCGCGGGCUGGGCCGGUGGCAGGGAGAGUCCCAGCUCGUUGCCAUUGUCCGUGUUUUCGCCUUCAAUGCGACCUGGUUGCUCGCGCUGUGGUCUUUCCUGCGCUGUGCCCUCUCCGACCCGGGCUUUGUUCCCUCCUGGUGGCUGGACCAGCAAGAGCGCUGUCCGGAGGCCACGGGCAACUCCUUAUUCGGAUGGCAGCCGGGGAAACCAACCAAUUGCCACAAAUGCAAUGAGAGACGGCCAGAGAGGGCGCAUCACUGCAGCAUAUGUGGCAAAUGCGUCAUGCGCAUGGACCACCACUGCCCCUGGGUGGGCAACUGUGUUGGUGCCAAAAACCAUAAAUACUUCAUCCUCAUGUUGAGUUACGGGAUGGUCGCGGCGCUAACCUUCGUCGUUUCGGCCAAGCCCGUCAUCGUCUCCUUGUUUGUUCCUCGUAGCCGAUACUCGACACGGGGUUCGAUGGGGGCCAGUGGUUUUGGGAUCUUCAGCAUGGGUGCCGUUUUGAGCGCAUCAUUGUGUCUGGCAAUGUCUUUGCUCUUCUUCUCCCACUUGUGGUUGAUGGCGGUGAAUCGUACCUCCAUCGAGGUUGCCUACGCUGGAAGGAAUCCCUACAGCCUCGGCAUUUUCAGCAAUGCCCAGCAACUUUGUGGCCGCUGCGGUCUUGACUGGCUGCUCCCAGUUCAACCGCACAAGCCAUUGACGGACGGCUGUGCCUAUGCAGUGUUCUCUGUCCUGCUCUUGGCUUUGCAGCUGCGGGACGACCUGAUGACUUUACUCAUUGCCGGCCAUGAGACGACUGCAGCCAUGUUGACCUGGACCCUGUUUGAGCUGAUAAAGCCGGAGAGCGCGGACUUGUUGCGGGAAGUGCAGGAUGAGGUUGACACUGUCCUACAGGGGCGAAAUCCGACUUUCGAGGAGCUCACGCAACUGCCAGCACUGCGCGCAUGUCUCCUUGAGGCUCUGAGGUUGUAUCCAGAGCCCCCGCUGCUCAUCCGACGCUGCAUCGCCGGAGACGACGUGCCUGUGGGCCCCCUAUGCCACGACGUGCAGUCCGAGACUGUGUCCUUCUUGCCCGGCCAGGACAUCUUCAUCUCAACUUGGUCCCUUCAGCGCUCCCGGACCUUGUGGGGCAAGGACGGUCUAGUGCUUUACGAGUACGGACCUUGCCGCUACAGAUUCACUCUGGUUGAGCUUGAAGCAGAACUUGAGAAGUGGCGGCAGCAGGAGAAGAUCAAUGGCAACGGUCUUUGGCAGGGGUACUCACCGGAUAAGUGGACCGUCUACCCAGACGAGAGGGCUGCAGACUACGCCUUUUUGCCUUUUGGUGCUGGCUCGCGGAAAUGUGUGGGAGACAACUUUGCACUCCUCGAAGCGGAGGCUGUGCUGGUCGCCCUUUUGCAGCGCUUCGACUUCAAGGCCCCCGCCGGACGGAAGGUGGAGAUGACCACGGGGGCCACCAUCCACACGGCAGGUGGUCUUCUGAUGGAGGUGAGGAAGCGGACAGAUCGACGAGCCCAAAGUCACAACAAAGGCCGGAAGGAAGUCGAUGUGAAGGGAAUGGUCAGCAUGGAGAAGAAGCUGCUAGGCACCGUUGCGCAGCGAAUUGAGCCGGAAGCAUUGGUGGUGCCCACUGCCAAAGAGCUCCGCAUGCUUUUCACAGCGCAAAAGGAGGACGUGCGAAAGCUCUCGCCAGCGCCUGAGCUCUUCGAGCCUUUGGAAAAGGCCUACAAGCAAUGUCAGGAUGUGACCAAAGAGUACUCGAAAACGUUUUACCUUGGCUCGCAGCUCCUGGACCAAGAUGAGCAGCGUGUCGUCUGGGCCAUCUACAACUGGUGCCGAAGCACGGAUGAGUUGGUUGAUGGGCCUGAAGCGGCAAACACCACAAUGGCCGACCUCGAAGACUGGGAAGACAGACUCAACAGGAUCUUCCAGUUGCAGGUGCCUGCAGAUGGCGAUCCAGCCGACUUGGCGAUGGUGGACAGCAUUCGCAAGUUCUCUUUGAUCCAGAGGCCUUUCCAAGACAUGGUGGGCGGAAUGGCCAUGGAUCUUGUCAAGGACAGGUAUGCCACUUUCUAUGAGUUGGAGGUGUACUGCUACCGCGUCGCUGGCACCGUGGGCAUCAUGACUCUGCCAGUGCUCGGCUUUGACCCCAUGCAGAACUUCACAGAGGAGCUGCAGGAAGAGACGAUUGCUGCAGCAAUGUCCCUUGGUGUCGCUUUCCAGCUGACGAACAUUCUUCGAGACAUCGGCGAGGAUGCGAGGCGUGGCAGGAUCUAUGUGCCUUUGGAGGAUCUGUCUCGCUUUGGCAUCACGGAGGAUGAGGUCCUUGAGGCCUCUCAGACAGAGGGUCUGCUCUACCCGGAGCAGAAGUGGAAAGACUUCAUGGAGCUUUGGGAGUACGAGAACGCCAAAGCCGGCAUCGUGGGCCUCUCGGAGGUGAACCGCCUUGGCGUGAUGGCCCGGGCCCCCGGAGAUGCCCUCCGAGAGGAAGAGCGGCACUGCGAUGCUUGUGACAUCCUGCAUCGCAUCCGACAAAAUGACUAUGACAACCUCAGACUUGGCCCUACCAGUGCAAGUCGCCGGGCGUAUGUGCCCUUCAUCGACAAGGUUUUCUUGAUGGGCAAGGUGGCUCAGGAGAACGUUCGAAGUGGCAAAGUCUUCACGCGAAAGAAGGAGGUGAGAGAAGGCCGCCAGCUGAAGGCCGCUGGAACUGGAGAUCCAUGUGGGAGGGUAACUUCAGUCGCUUCCAUCCUUGUGGCCACAAUGUGCCAGUCAGACUUGUCCUGUACAUUGUGGUGGUUUCUGCAGCUGCCUGGCUCAAACGUCCUUUACCAAGUUGGCACUGCCCGUCUGGCCUUGUACUACCAGCAGAUCGAGGGUGUGCAGCUGGACAGGGCCGUUGUCGAUGCUUGCGCUGCUGCUGUUCAGGGCAAAGGUGAUGGACGUGUUUCCAUUGAGGACGCGCACGAGGUCUUCAAGUUCAUCAAAGAUGCCAAUAAGGUGACAGACCACGAGCUGUGGGCUCUGCGAUACUGUUUGACAGAGUUCAACUUCACGGAGGCUGCCGGGGACUGGAUCACUUCAGCAGUGAAGGCCAUCAGCAAGCGGGACCCGGUCAAGGGUGGCUCUUCGAAGGGCUACUACGAGAAGGUCGAUGGUGUGAAGUGCGAUCGCGAGCUCCUGGAGGUGUGCCGCAAAGCGGUAGCCGGGGCUGGUGAUGGUCGUGUUUCCAAGGACGAUGCCAAAGAGGUAUUGAAGGCUGUUCUGGAUGGUGGCAAGGUCACGGACACGGAGAAGUGGACCGUCAGGCUUUGCCUUUCAGAGUUCAACUGGACGGAAGCUGCUCACGACUUCCUCAUCCAAGAGCUGAAGGCCUUUGGGGCGCCAUUGAAGCGGCCGGCGUCGUCAUCCAUUGGCGGGAAGCCGAAGAAGGUCAAGGACGACACUCCGGCGAAGGUGAAGAGUGUCCUGACUGGCCUCAAAGUGGCCGAGAAGAAGCAGGCCGUGCCAAGUGAGGUUUCGAACCUUGUCAAGACGCUGGCGGAGAACUCGCUGUCCACCAAGUUGGAGGACCGCCACCCCUUCCAGGAGGAGGCCUUCACGAUGAUCGAGAAGGUGCUGGAAGCCGGAAAGGAAAGCCUUACAAAGGAGUUAGCGGACGCCACCACGCUGCUCGACAAUGCCGAUGCUGAGAAAGUAACCCGGGAAGCGGCUGUAAAGGACUGCGAGGACAAGCUGGCAGCAGCCCAAGAAGCCAAGAAAGCCGCGGCUACCGAGAGCCAGGACAAGACGGCGGAAUACAAGGCCACCGUGGAGCCCCUGAAGACGGCACUGGCCGAGCAAAAGGAGGGUGACGCCGCCGCGGUCUCGCUCGAGAAGGACAAAGCUGCGCUGGAAGAAGCAGUGAAGGAUCUCCCGGCGCUGAAGGAGCAAGGACCAGUGAAAGCAAGGCCCAUCGCAGCCUUGGAGAAGGCACUGACCAAGGCAGGAUUGGAGAGUUCACUCGUCAGCAGCAUCCACCUGCCGCUGAAGCAGAAGCCAGAGGAUCGGGGUGACUUCUCGCGGACGAUCCUGGACAAGCUGGACGAGGCCAUUGCGAAGACACUGGCCGACUACACCACAAAGAUCGCUGGUGAAGGCCCCGCUCGCGAAGAGCGUGCUGCCAAGGUUCAGGCUGCCAAAGACAUCCACGACGCGGCCAAGGCGGCGAGCGACGCCGCCGCGAACGCAUCGAAGGAAGCGAAAGAUGCAGCUGCAAAUCUGGGCGAAGAGCUCGAGAAAGCCAAGAAGGCCCAAACGAGCCUUGAAUCCGAGCUUCGAGCCGCGGCGAAGACCAAGGAGGAUGCCACGAAGGCGCUGGAGAACUUCACUGCAGGGCCCCUGGCGGACUUCCAGUCCUUGAAGGAGAGAACUGAGCACGUGGAGGACCCUUCCGGAGCGCAGGACGAGGAGCCCCCAUCACUUCCCAGCUCGCCGGCCAAAGCCCCUCAGAAGGCCGCCGCCAGCUCACCGGCCAAAGCCCCUCAACAGAACACUUCCUGCCCGACCUGCGGCAAUGUGUACGCGGAAGACGCAUCGUUCUGCCGGAUGUGCGGCCGCAAGCGGGACGAGUGA